AUGCCUGUUGCAGAAGGUAUCGAGGCUACCGCGGCCCCCAAUGCAUUUUUUCAGCAAAUCCCUGGUUCACUAUCAAUCAUGCCUGUGAGCACUCUUCGGGCAAGCGAUUACAGCCUCUUGGCUUAUUAUGAGUCCAUUAUCUGUCCGUCAAGUGUCUUUCUGGAGGGUAUCAGUAAUCCAUACCGGCAAGUCCUAUUGCCAAUGGCGCUGCAAUCUCGAGGCAUGUUUCAUGCAACGCUGGCGAUAUCUGCAAAUACUUUGCGUCUUUCUUCGGCAGAAUAUGCCGUACUUGCGCUAGAACAUCAACGCCAAGCCCUGAGACACUUGAUGCAUCUGAUCAAACGGGAAGAUAUGGACGCGACGAGUAUGGACGAGGUUCUGGGCCUGGUUUUAAUGCUUUGCUGGUUUGACAUAUCUGAUGGCUGCCGCCCUUCCUGGACCAAGCAUCUCAAAGGCUUCCGUGGGCUACUUUUGCAUCACCAACGACUAACUCGCAACAGUCAUUCCCAAAGUCAUAGCCUGGAACGUUUCUUCACUCAAUACUUCGUCUUCCACCUAGUGCUUGCCAAGACUACCUUUCACACUGACGACAUCGGACUUGGUGGCGAUAGCAACGCUUGCAAAGGGAACAGCCAACAACUUGCCAGCGAGCCUCUGCCAAAGACCGACGGUGAGCUGGAUCGGGACUUUUCCUCACCUUCGGCAGCGUUCAUCUCGGCCUAUCUAUCGUCUUCUAAGGAGAUCAACUUGUACAUGGGUUUCUCGGACGCGCUGCUUCUCUUGAUCAAUGAGAUAGCCGAGCUCAGUGUUCAGACCCCGAGAGUUAUCAUAGCUCGCCAGAUAAAACGACGUCUGGACAAACUAGUGCAGGAGAUUCCCCUAUUGAACGGCAGCAUUGUCGUUGGACGUGAGCGCAUCGCAAUCCUGGCUACAGCAGAGACCUAUCGGAUUGGGGCUUUGCUGUUCUUCCACGAAGUGCUACGAAACUCGCAACUCGGUAGCGAUGUCGUGAAUGAGGUCUUCAAGCCUUCCGAACGAGCAGCUUACAUCACAUCUAUCCUGAAUUUAGUGGACUCAAAUCCCGACGUGCAUCAUAUGGCUUGUCUACCCUUAUGGCCACUGUUUAUCGCCGGCUGCUGCGCAGACGAUGACUUGGAGAGAGUCAAGACGCUCAUGAUCUUCGAGUUGAUGGAGAAACAGCAAAGGUUCGGUAAUAUCGCACCUGCUCGCCAGGUCUUAGAGAUGACUUGGCGUCAGCGAGACUUGCGCCACGAGGAGACUUCAGCGCCCUCGAGCAAGCUUGCAAAGGCAGAUCGUGGGCAGCCUACACGCAGAGUAUCACCAAACCAGGUAGCAUUACCAAAGUUGGCACUCGGCAGUUCCAUGCCAAAUACCUACGAGUGGGAACGCAUACUCAACAUGUUGGGUGGAUGGAGGAUCAGUCUCACAUGA